GCCCCGGCCGGGCGACGCGGCCAACGAGGGCCCUCGCGGGGCGACGGUAGCUGCAGCCGUGCCCUUCUUGCUCCUCUUGAAGAUGGAGAAGAUGCUCGUGAGCUGCUUGCUGCUGCUCCUUGGACAACUGCCCUUCUUCCUCCCCACUGCAGCCAGAGAACGGUCCCACAGCAGGUCUCUCUCCAGAGGCAGACACACUCGGACCCACCCCCAGACAGCACUCCUUGAGAGCUCCUGUGAGAACAAGCGUGCAGACCUGGUCUUCAUUAUUGACAGCUCCCGCAGCGUCAACACCUAUGACUAUGCGAAGGUCAAGGAGUUCAUCAUGGACAUCUUGCAGUUCCUGGACGUUGGUCCUGAUGUCACCCGAGUGGGCCUGCUCCAGUACGGCAGCACGGUCAAGAACGAGUUCUCCCUGAAGACCUUCAAGAGGAAGUCAGAGGUGGAGCGAGCCGUCAAGAGGAUGAGGCAUCUGUCCACAGGCACCAUGACGGGGCUGGCCAUCCAGUACGCCUUGAACAUUGCCUUCUCCGAGGCAGAGGGGGCCCGGCCCCUGCGGGAGAACGUGCCCCGGGUCAUCAUGAUCGUGACAGAUGGGAGGCCGCAGGACUCCGUGGCCGAGGUGGCCGCAAAGGCUCGGGACACAGGCAUCCUGAUCUUUGCCAUUGGGGUGGGCCAGGUGGACCUCAACACACUGAAGGCCAUUGGGAGUGAGCCCCAUGAGGACCACGUCUUCCUGGUGGCCAACUUCAGCCAGAUCGAGUCGCUGACCUCCGUGUUCCAGAACAAGCUGUGCACGGUUCAUAUGUGCAGCAUCCUGGACCACAACUGUGCCCACUUCUGUAUCAACACCCCUGGCUCCUAUGUCUGCAGGUGCAAACAAGGGUAUAUUCUCAACUUGGAUCAGAAGACUUGCAGAAUCCAGGAUUUAUGUGCCACGGAGGACCAUGCCUGCGAGCAGCUCUGUGUGAAUGUGCCUGGCUCCUUUGUCUGCCAGUGCUACAGUGGCUACACCCUGGCUGAGGACGGGAAAAGGUGUGUGGCUGUGGACUACUGUGCUUUGGAAAACCAUGGGUGUGAACAUGAAUGUGUAAAUGCUGAUAACUCCUACUUGUGCCGCUGCCGCCAAGGAUUUGCUCUUAAUCCAGAUGAAAAGUCCUGCACAAAGAUAGACUACUGUGCCUCUCCUGGUCACGGAUGCCAGCAUGAAUGCGUCAACACUGACAAUUCCUAUGCCUGCCGCUGUCUGAAAGGCUUUACCCUGAAUCCAGACAAGAAAACCUGCAGAAGGAUCAACUACUGCGCACUGAACAAACCAGGCUGUGAGCACGAAUGUGUCAACACAGAGGAGGGCUACUACUGCCGUUGCCGCCGUGGCUACACCCUGGACCCCAACGGCAAGACAUGCAGCAGGGUGGACCACUGUGCACAGCAGGACCACGGCUGUGAACAGCUGUGCCUGAACACAGAGGACUCCUUCGUCUGCCAGUGCUCCGAGGGCUUCCUCAUCAACGAUGACCUCAAGACCUGCUCCCGAGUGGAUUAUUGCCUGCUCAGCAACCAUGGUUGUGAAUAUUCUUGUGUCAACACGGACAAGUCCUUUGCCUGUCAGUGUCCAGAGGGACAUGUGCUCCGCAGCGAUGGGAAGACCUGUGCACAACUGGACUCCUGUGCUUUGGGGAACCAUGGCUGUGAACAUCUGUGUGUCAGCAAAGAAGACUCUUUUGUGUGCCAGUGCUUUGAGGGGUACACCCUCCGUGAUGAUGGGAAAAGCUGCAGACGGAAAGAUGUCUGCCAAGCUGUGACCCAUGGCUGUGAGCACGUUUGUGUGAGCAGUGGUGAGUCGUACACUUGCAAAUGCCUGGAGGGAUUCAGACUUGCUGAGGAUGGAAAACGCUGCAGAAAACUGGACUCCUGUGCUUUGGGGGACCAUGGCUGUGAACAUUUGUGUAUCAGCAAAGAAGACUCCUUUGUGUGCCGGUGCUUUGAGGGGUACACCCUCCGUGAUGACAGGAAAACCUGCAGACGGAAGGAUGUCUGCAAGUCCACCCAGCAUGGCUGCGAACACAUUUGUGUGAACAGUGGCGACUCCUAUGUCUGCAAGUGCUCGGAGGGAUUCAUCCUCGCUGAGGGUGGAAGGCGCUGCAAGAGAUGUACUGAAGGCCCCAUUGACCUGGUCUUUGUGAUUGAUGGAUCCAAGAGCCUUGGAGAGGAGAAUUUUGAGAUUGUGAAGCAGUUUGUCACUGGAAUUAUCGAUUCCCUGGCAGUUUCCCCCAAAGCUGCUCGAGUGGGGCUGCUCCAGUAUUCCACGCAGGUCCGCACAGAGUUUACCCUGAGAAAUUUCAGCUCAGCCAGAGACAUGAAGAAAGCCGUGGUCCACAUGAAAUACAUGGGCAAGGGCUCCAUGACGGGACUGGCAUUGAAACACAUGUUUGAGAGAAGCUUCUCACAAGCAGAAGGGGCCAGGCCCCUCUCCACACGGGUUCCCAGAGCGGCCAUCGUGUUUACUGAUGGACGGGCUCAGGAUGAUGUCUCCGAGUGGGCCAGUAAAGCCAAGGCCAAUGGCAUCACUAUGUAUGCUGUUGGGGUAGGAAAAGCUAUCGAGGAAGAACUACAAGAGAUUGCUUCAGAGCCCACUGACAAGCACCUCUUCUAUGCAGAAGACUUCAGCACCAUGGGCGAGAUAAGUGAAAAACUGAAGCAAGGCAUCUGCGAAGCUCUAGAAGAUUCAGAUGGAAGACAGGAUUCCCCAGCAGAGGAAUUUCCACAGAAAGUCCACCAGCCAACAGAAUCUGAACCAGUCACCAUAAAUAUCCGAGACCUACUUUCCUGUUCUAAUUUUGCAGUGCAGCAUAGAUAUCUGUUUGAAGAAGACAAUCUUCCGUGGUCUACGCAUAAACGGUUCCACUCAACCAAAUCUUCAGGAAGCCCUUUGGAAGAGAAACACGAUCAAUGCAAAUGUGAAAACCUCAUCAUGUUCCAGAACCUUGCCAAUGAAGAAGUAAGAAAACUAACCCAGCGCUUAGAAGAAAUGACAGAGCGAAUGGAAGCCUUGGAAAACCGCCUAAGAUACAGAUGAAGACUAGAAAUGCUCUAUACUUAUUUGUCAAUAUAGAAGGGUUACAGUGAAAGGCACUCACAGCCCCACAGCUCAGGCUGUAGUUGUCUAUGAAAAUACAGCCAGCACCAAGGAAGCUGGUAUUUCAUACAAAAAAAAAAAAAAGCAAAAUGUAGACACUAACUUUAGUAUAGUUUCUGACAAAACAUCCUGAAGAAUUCUAAGAUGGGUUUAUUGUAAGAAUAAAUAAGCUAUGCAAGGUAUUUCAUAAUGUACCAUGGAUAUGAUUUUCUUCUGCCUCAUCCUGCCUAAUGUUGGAGUCUUAUUUCUGUACAAUACUGGCUAUGGGAAAUGCCUUUUGUGUGUGUGUGUGCGUGGUGGAGGUGGUAGUACUCGGGAUUGAACUCAGGGCUCCCUGCUCUUGCUUAGUUAUCUACUCACAGCUGGUGUUCUACCACUUGAGCCAUGACUUUUCUGGCAGAAAUGCUAAUUUUUUUGUACUUACCUUGAUAUGUAUAUGAUUGUAAGCAUAAAAUCAUUGGACAUAUGUACUUGUGUAACAAGCUAAAUUUUUUAUACAAUAUUAAAAUUGGCCACUUUCGA